AUGUCUAGCGGAAACGGAUGGCUGUCGCGCCAGCGCAAGUCGGAUCUCGUUGAUCUGGCAGAUGCGAUCGGGCUCACAAACUAUGAGAAGCUUCUCAAGUCGGAUCUCGAGCAGGCCAUCGACGAGUUCGUCAGCGCCAGCCCGGCGCGGUUUCAGGCCAACCCCAAGUUGAAGGGGUACUUCAGCAGUCGCGCGCGUUCAGAGAACUCGCCGGUGAAGCGGGAGUUUGCUCCUGUGACUUUGGAUGCGACUGUGACCAAGACAGUUGCCAAGAGGCGGCAGACCUUGCCGGUCAAGGAGGAGGUUGUGGUCGAUCCCGCCGAGUCUGCUUCCCCAUCGCCGGUUACUUCUCCGGAGGCUCCUGAAGAUGAAACUGAAUCCCUCUCCACCGCCCUCGUUCGCACCCCGGGCCGCGCCCUCAGCCUCGCCUCUCGCCUUCCCCAACUUCCUGCCACCCCAGCAGACGUUGCCGCAUCGGUGGAGCGUUCCACGGCUCUCGUUAAGACCAGGCUUAACACGCUUUACUCCGAGUCCAAGAUCCCCGAGGCGACGCACCAAACGAGAGAAUGGCUUUCGACGGUUCACUCUGUUCUGUCGACGAUCGCCCUGUUUGAGCUCUACAAGCUCCGCCAAGAACUCCUACCAGACCGCUAUGCGUUUACUAUUCCGGCAAUCAACCUUUUGGGCACGCAUGAUCAUCCCGUCAAGCUCCCGGAUAUGUUUGCUUUGGUAACGGCGUCAUUUUGGGGCCCGGCGCUUACGUGGUUCUUGACGUCGUUCCUCCUCCCCAGUCUGUUUGGCUAUUUCUUCAAUCUCUCGGCCGCGCACUCGUCUUCUGGACCGGCUGUGGUCACACGGGGCAGGCCAAGAAAGGACGUCGGACAGGAGUACGCAGUUGAUCCGUUGACAUUCAGCAUCGUCAAGGCUUUGGCGACGUAUGUGGUCUAUGCGCAGGGAGUCACCUUUGGCGGCCUAAUUGACCCAGUGAACGUUGGGAGAAUCAACGGGGCUGUCUACUCGGGGUGGAAGGGUGUGCUUGUCGGCACAGCAGUUGGUGGGCUGGUGAGCUUCUAUGAUGCCGUCUUGAGGAAGUGA